AUGUACACGUCGUCAUCUUCAUCUCCCGGUGGCUCCAUCUAUGGGAGGAACUCCAACGCGCAAGUGUCUGCCAUGCAGCAGCGACAUAUCCCUGACAACACGACUUCCGCCACUUCCUCAAACAAGCACAUACCCCUCAAUCCCUUCCAGUUAAUCUCUGAGGCUGCCUUCCAGCCGCCUGUUAAGACCGAAGGCGGAUCUUCCUACGGCCAUCAACAGCGCCAGUUCAACUAUGCUUUCAGCGCGAGGGCCGGAGGCGACGGGAGCCAUUCCAGCGGUGAUAUGGAUGCGAUCAAGGCCAAGAUCAUAUCUCACCCUCAAUACUCUAGCCUUCUAGAAGCCUACAUGGACUGCCAAAAGGUAGCUUCAGUAUUUGAAAUCGUAUGCACCGGCUAUUUCAUGUUCGCCAUUUAUUAAAAGUAUCCGAAAUCCCAUUUCGAUUCGCAGGUCGGUUCCCCACCGGAGGUCGCUGCAAGGCUGGCGGCCAUUGCCCGGGAGUUCGAAUCCCGGCGGCGCGCCGCUCUGGGUUGCCGCGAUCCUCCUAGUGAUCCUGAGCUAGAUCAGUUCAUGGUGUUUGUUGCUUCAAUGGCGUGAACUCGCAUUAGUUUUGCUCUCAGAACUUCGCUCUCAUCUCUUAUCGCUUUCUUUCUGAUCAGGAGGCUUACCAUGAUAUGCUCGUCAAGUACAAGGAAGAGCUAACUAGGCCAUUAAACGAGGCCAUGGAUUUCCUUCGGAGGGUGGAAUCACAGCUCAACGCACUAACCAACGGCUCUUCUCGCUCACUCUCUGGUAUUCUCGCAACGUCGCACUUACGACUAAAUUUUGUUAGUUAAUUAGUAUCGAACGCUAGUGAUCUUCUUGGUUUAUUCUCUUUUCUCGUAGCUAAAUUUAGGUGACCUAAUAUCACGAAACAAGGAAACCCGAUCCUUUUACAGGUUGACAGUAACUUUGCCACGGGGCUACAGUCCGUUCUUUAGAAGCACAGUACGUAAACAUUCUUCGAAUGACCUUGAAGAGGUAGGGUUUCGUGAGAGCCGGAUAUGUUUGACCGGGUAUUGAAUGCUCAUGCGCCAGGUCCCUGUCAGAAGAAAAUUCGAGCUUCAUUAGGGCAUGUGGGGAUGGCAGAGGUUUGAUAGACGUACAUACAACCAUAGGGCUGGUAAAGGGGAUCUUCUUCGCUGAAGAUCUAUCGUCUCUCUCCCCCGUGGCAAUGUUGGAAUCAAAUUGCGGCGUGCGAGAUGCCGAAUACCUUAGGACCUAUAGCUGUGUGUUGUGUCCCCUCCCCCGUGUAUAAACCUGUGUCUUCUCUGUUUCUCUCUCUCUCUCACUCACUCUGUAUUUCUAUCUUCCACGUAUAUUAUAUGAUUUGGUAGGGAACAGCUCGGCAUUUUCCCCAACGAUGUGACUCUUAAGGUAUAAGCUGCGGAUGACAAAAUGCGCGCCCUAGCGAUGGCUGCCAAACUCAUUUGACAGGCUUUAUUAGUGUGUAGACGUCGUAGGCAGCUCUCUUCUUCCCUGAUCUCGCGUAGUUUGUAGAGUAGCCAACACCAUGCAGGUAGGCUGACGGUUCUAGAUGAAUAUUUGAAUUACAUUUCGUAACCGUUCAUUUACCACCAGGACGAUAACGUUGUCAGUAGUCUGUGGAUUGCCUUUUUUCUACUCUCCACAGAAAAUCAUGUGCCAAAAUAUUUCACCUUACCAAUAUUCACUCUCUCUCUCUCUCUCUCCCGUUCUCGCUCUCGCUCUACGAUCUGAUACUUCAAAGAGAGAUGAGCUAAUUCUUCUCACCAGGUUGUUUUGACGGUACCAGCGCCGUUGAUAUGAGCAGAUCUGGUAAUUAUUGAGGAAGGUUUAGCGUAUCAAAUGUCGAAAAUUCCUAUCCCCGUUCUUUCCCGGAAGCGCAAGGUUGAUUGCCCUGACCCGACGUGAAGCUAUUAAUUGUCUGUUUGUAGGUUAUCGGAUUCAUCUCACAACUUUCUUUCAUCUUGUUAUGUCAAAUGUUUAUGGGAAAAUUUCCAGGCUGCAUUUAGUUGAGCUCAUGUUCUCGAUUGAACUGAUUGUAGUGUUAAGUUGAACGCUUCAACUUGACUAUUAGUGAGUUUAGGUUAUACAGCUAACGAUAAUGUCUUCCUACGGUGUUCGGUCAAUUAUUGGCUUUGAGCUUUACAGGCUUAUUGUCUUUAUUAUGCGUAGAUGAGAAAUGUGAAGGCGUCGGUUCGUCUGAGGAGGACCCCGAUACUGUCAUGGGGGAUGCAAAGCUUGCCGGUAUGGACCCUCGCACUGAAGAUCGCGAGCUUAAGCAUCAUCUCCUCAAAAAGUACGGCGGGUAUCUGAGUAGCCUCAAACAAGAAUUCUCCAAGAAGAAGAAGAAAGGUAAGCUUCCUAAGGAAGCCAGGCAGAAGCUGCUGAACUGGUGGGAGUUGCACUAUAAGUGGCCUUAUCCAUCGGUACGUAUAAAUGCCUACGAAUAAUAGUUUUCCAGGAUAACUAGCCAUUGUGCACGCAAUAAAGUUCAAUUCCGUGAAAUGAGCAGGAGUCGGAGAAGGUUGCCUUGGCUGACUCGACGGGUCUUGAUCAGAAGCAGAUUAACAACUGGUUCAUCAAUCAGAGGAAGCGUCACUGGAAGCCUUCGGAAGAUAUGCAGUUUGUGGUGAUGGAUGGGUUCCACCCGCAGAACGCCGCGGCGGCUCUCUACAUGGACGGACACUUCCUUGGCGACGGCAUGUACCGCCUGGGGCCGUAA